GGUGCGUAAAUAAGACCUUACAUGUCAGCAUGUUCUAACAGGGCCCUUGCUGUUGCUAUCAGGUGUGUUGCGAUCUUGGCUAAAUGCCUGCAGCUUCUUGCACAGGAGUUACUGAAGCUGCAAUCUUUCCAAGCAUGGAACAAACACAGGAAGGAACAUGGGCAGGCUUUAUCUUGGUAGACAAGUAUGUUCAGUAGGCCCUGAUGUUCUUGACACUCCCCAAGUGUGCAUUCAGGCUGUUGAAGGCGUGGCGUUCUGAGAACGCUUUCACUUUCAACCGCCUGACUUUUUUCAGCGCACGCUAACGCUGUUUCCUCUCAGGAAUUCACAGUUCGUCAAAAAAACAGUCAGCAUGGCUAUUGGAGGGAUAGCUUGCAUCAAGUAUCUCAUUUUCAUAUUCAACUUCUUCUUUUGGCUAGCAGGCACUGCCGUCUUUGCCAUCGGCCUGUGGUUGAGAUUAGACCCCAAGACCAAAGGCCUGUUUGAAGGAACAGACUCUCCAUACGUGUUUUACACCGGUGUGUACAUCCUGAUCGGAGCUGGGGCUCUAAUGAUGGUGGUAGGAUUUCUGGGAUGUUGUGGUGCCAUACAGGAGUCUCCCUGCAUGCUUGGACUGUUUUUCUUCUUCCUGCUUAUCAUUUUUGCCAUUGAAGUUGCUGCUGGCAUCUGGGGAUUCUCCAACCAGAGCAAGGUCGUGGAUGACAUCAAUACAUUCUAUAGGCAAACCUACAAUAAAUACCUGGAAAACAAGGACGACCGAUUGAGAGAGACUCUGCGUGUGAUUCAAACAGGCCUUAACUGUUGCGGUCCAACUGGUACUGUGGCCGAUGCUGCCAAAGACACUUGUCCUCCAGGAGAGAUACUUGAGGAGCUCAUCACCAAGAGCUGCCCCGAUGCCAUUGAUGACGUGUUCAACUCCAAAUUGCACAUCAUAGGAGGAGUAGGAAUAACUAUCGGGGUCAUUAUGGUGUUUGGAAUGAUCUUUAGCAUGCUACUGUGCUGCGCCAUCAGGAAGUCUCGGGAAGUAGUGUGACAUCCGCUGUUGCAUUAUGAGUCCUCCUUAAUGUUGCAUGAUGCCAUACUCAAGAGUCACAAGGCUCCCCACUGCCAAUGGAAACAGUGCUUAGACAAUGGGGGAUAUCAUAUCCUACAUCAAUGUGGUUGUCAAUCCCAGCUAUAGAAUGGGUGUCAAUUGUGCUUGAGUGAGAAAUGCACCACACUGAGAUCACGUGAAUGAAUUUAGUGUUUAAGCGAAUGCUCGAUAUACAGGGAUAUAAGUUUGUUUAUUGAUCACUACUCUAUUGAGGACUUUCACGUAUUGGCAAAAGAAGCUGUGGACCAUAGCCAAAUAAGUACCUCUAUGGUAGAAUGCAUCAGCUUGCUGCCAAAUAAAUGAUUGAAUUGAUUUGAAUUAACAGGAAACUCAGCUGUAAACAAUUUUUGUAAUUUAAAACAAUUUGUAUUACUUUGUGACAUUUUGUUGACUCACUGUGUUCUAAAGCAUUGUUUUUGUUUA